AUGCAGUUCAAUUUCUCAGCCCAAACCUUAACGGAAUAAAAAAAGGAUGUAAGGACAAAAAGUUAUAUGUUUUCAAACAUUUCAUCAGCCUUGUAUUCCAAAAAAGAUGAUGAAUUCAUAAUUAAUUUUAUUGAAAAUGGCAAAAUACUGUCUUAAAAUUACAAAGCUAAAUUUCAAAAUCAAAGAGACCAACUUGUUAAACUGGCUAUUUUUGCUAAAGAGAUCUUUGAAGAAACUAAGCCUACCCUUGAAUUUCAUAAUCCCAACACAAAACAAGAUUUGAAUUUAUUUAAAGUGCAACAUUACUCAAUUGGAGAAAAUAGUAAAACCGUAAGUUCAAAAGUAACCAACUUGUUUUUUGAUUAAGUAUCAACAAAAAAUUAUUUCUUAUGGAAUGAUUCAUAUAUUCCACCACAUUCCUUACUCAAAACAUCUGCCUAAAAAUUAGCAAGUUUGGGAUAAUCCAAGACUGUUCAUUUCACUAUUGGGAAAUCACAAAUGCUUGUCUCUAGAGAUGAAGACUUGCGCUAAAUCAUUUAAGUCAUCCCUUUAAAGAAGGAAUACUUGGCCUUCAGUAGGGACGAGAACGUCGUCUAGUUGUAAGUCCUUAACAACACUAGAAAGUACAGAUUCCAUGACAAACAAAGUGCUAGUUAAUUUGUUUAGAAGCUUAUUAGUGUCUAAAAUCAAAAGGCUUCAGCUACUCCUUUGAUGACUGAAUAUCCAUUUGGAUAGCAUUUGUAGAAUAUUGUGAGAAGCAAGAAGUCUGCAAUUCAAAAACUGAAUUCCCAAAUUGCUUAAUACGAGUAGAAAGUCUAACAAUUAAAAGUGCAGAGAUAACAACUACUGUCAGAGUUUAAUGAUUUGGAUUUGGACAAAGUGGACGAUGAUGAGUUGAUGAUAAAUAAGGAGAAGGAAUAGCAGAAUAAGCAGUCUUCUUUUGAGCCAGCUAGUUUAUUUAAGGCUCCUGUUAAAUUUAAGGAUGAGUGA